AUGGACAAAGAAGAAGUUGAGGACUUGAUCAAGAAGUGUUUUGAAGCAGACAACAACGGAGAGAUUAAUUUUCUUAGCUUUUGGGCUGGCAUGGAGAAUCUUCUUGAACUCUUGGGGAUCCGAGAGCCAACUACGCAUAUUGACGAUAAGGUUUAUGGGCUGCAGGUUUUCAGGGAUGGGUUGCUUGCUGAGGCUAUGAGGAAGCAACAGGGACCGACCAGCAGCGUGCUGCUUUCCAGAGACGAAGUGCUCCAAAUCAUCGACCAGACGAACAAGUCGGUUACCUUCCGUCAUAAUGAACGGCAAAUGGAGGACAGGAGAUGCGGUUCACUUCAGGCACGGGAGGCAUGCCCCUCUAGCCUGUUUUGGGAUGAAGUGCACAGGGAGACGUCUCUCUUGGAGCCGACGUCUGUCCUAUCGAUUACAGAACUAUCCAUGAUGGUUUUUGGAUUUCUGAAGAGCUAUCUUCAAGAGAAAUCCACAGCUAUCAGGCUACCAGAUGGGGAUUCUCAGGAUGCUGGUCAACCUGCAACACCCCCAGACUCUGGACGGAUUGUUCCGUCUACUUUGUCCCGAGCCAGCAGCGCUACGUCUGAGUUCCACUGUGUGCCAGUUUGGGCUUCCCCUAACAUCGGCAGUGCUGGAGCCACCUAUGAAAAAGACGCGAAGGACCAAAAGCUGCGGAGCGGUAACUCAGCUGCCUCCAGUCUGGCAUGUGACGGGCUCGACGAGAACUAUGGUGACGAGUCGCAACGCGGGCAAUGGCGAGGGAGUCCGAGAAUGGAGCAUGCACUAAGCGAACAACAAGAACGUCCCGUGAGCGGAAGCUCUGCUUCAAGCACAGCAUGCCCAGCUGGACCAAGACACGACGGAGGCUCCGAACAUCGCUCAUUUGAAGAGUCUUCACGAUCAGCACGUGAUGAUAUCUUGGCGCUCUUGAAGACCGUUGAAUCGGAAGACCCCUUUGUCCAGCUGCGAGAACUGCUGAUUUUUGCCGGGAGAUCCACGGAGAGUGGGAUGCUGUCUAAGAAGGAAGUACAGCACUUGCGGUACUUGAAUGCAGCUGCAAUUGACUGUAUGGACCGAAUAGCUGCCGAGCGUGACAAACGAAACGAUGAGAUGAAUGACGCAGUGUUAUCGCUUAGACGGAUGAGAACAGAGAAGCAACAGCUUGUCGAGCGCUUGGAAGGCUUUGAACACGAGCACAGCCAGUUGCGCAUGCAACAGGAACAGCAUUUAUGCGACCAGGAGAAACUUCAUCAGCUGCAGGCGGCGCUGAGCUCUGGGCAAAUGGAGAGAGAGCGGAUCGAGGCCUUGCUGCAUGAUAAAGAGGAGAAUUUGCUUUGUGUAACCCGCGAGAAGGAUGCCCUUAUCGACAAGCUUACCUUGCAAAGUGAGCACUUGAACCGCCUUUUGGCUGUUGCACAAAAGGAAAAAGCCGAUGCUGCUGAAGAACUUCGCCAGACAAAGGAAACGCUGACGCGAGAAAAGGAAACACUGGAAGGGCAACUCCGCUUCGCAGAAGACAGAGCCAGGGCGGCAGAAGCAGCGCGUCAGCAGCUUCAGGGCGACAUAAGUGCCGGUACUUCAACCCUUCGACAGCGGAUCUUGGAGCUCGAGGAAGAUAAGCAAAGACAAGAGGCUGAGGCGGAGGAGAAUGACGCCUUAAUACAACAGUUGCAGGGGAGGCUCGAGGAGAAAGUUCAGCAAGUCACAAUACUGGAGGUAAAGAACAAACAACAAGCUCGUCUGUUGCAGCAGGUCCGUGGUGUGCGUAAUUGUUUGAUGCAAAUUCUGCAAGAGUCAAGGCAAGAAGAGCCAGUAAAAGACGCAUCGUACGCCAAUGAAGUCGGAACAGCGCAGCGCGACCAUGAGUUAAUGAAGCUGAAGGCAGGGAUGAAGGCUGCCCUGGCACAUAUCAAGGACUUGGAGGCCUUUACCGAUGAGAUGAGAAAGCAGCACAGACGUGGUGUUCAUCCGCGCUAUGAACUAGCUGCAACCGCAGGCGAGUCUUCUGCACGUUCUUUACAAAAAAGGCAAGUGGAUCACUUAGUCGGCGCAUCUUGGAGAGCUCUACCAACUCUUGGAGACGAACUGGAGAUGUCGCAGGCGCCCUCUGCUUCGGACAGUAGCAGGGAUGGCUCUGGCUCUGGCAUUCAAAAGCAGCCUAGCAGGCCAACUGAAGGCAGGCAAGUUAGUGAAAAAAGUGCUUUUUCUUUUCCGAGGGGAAACGAGUUUACCAAAGAAAAUACUAGCGAAGAACCUGAAACGUCAAAGCGACGACAGAGUGAAAGUGCUGCCACAAACAUUAACGAGAUGGACCUCAAAGCACCUUUGAUUGAAGCGGUCGCUACCAGCGAGCAAUCGGCUACAGGCGCGAAGCAAAUAGCUUACUCUAGCGGAGUGGUUAACGCCGAUAUUCCCGCUGUGCGGCGGCCCCGCGACUCACAUCCAGGAGCUUCUGUAAGUGACACUGAACUACUGUUCGUCAGGUGGGGAGCUGAAUACCCUUAUGCUGCAGUACGCUCUGAGCCUUCGACAACAGAUGGUGUUUCCAAGGAACCAACCUCUUCCGCAAGCCUUCCAGAAGCUGAAGAUAUUUUCGAUCCGCUCGAUUUGCUUAGAUUUGAAGAUUCGGUGAAAGAGGAGGGCGAAGAGGAGUACGUGCACAAUUGA